AUGCAAUACAGCGCGACCGACUCGUGUGGGUCGAACACGCCACCGUGGACGCCCUCUUCCUCUGGGGCGACUUCAAACCCCAUGCAAUUCCUCACACGGGUAUUUCAAACCCACCCAACCGCUUUGUGCCUGCAUCGUCAGCUCACCAUCGCAUUGGCCAACGGCGAUGCCGAAGGUGCGGCAGAUCUGGCCUCCAUCCUCGCGCAAACCAUCCGUAGGGUACACCAUGACGAAAAGCCCAACCUGAGCCCUGUUCCUUCCAUGGAGUCGGGGCGUCAAGCCGGAACCUCCUUUGAGCAGGCCGAGGCCCUACCGCCUCCAUCCCCGGAUGACCUCAACGAGGCCAUGGGGGCGGCUGAGGGGGAAUUGAAAAGACAGUUCCUGUUACACGACUUGCAACAAUCCCAACGUCAUCCCACAGGGCUGGACCCAAAUAUUAGAUCCUCGAGCCGCCCGCGUCAGUUAUUUUGGCGUUCCCCCAAUUCUCUUUGCAUCACGACUAUUGAAUCAAUCUACGAGGCGGCAGCCCCCAAGGAUGGCGAGGAUAGCCCGCUAACGACGGCGGGGGAUCGUACUAUCGUAAAGGAAGGGCAGGAAAUGGCGAUCUUGGAUCAGUACCUCACAAAGAACGCGUCUCAGCUGGCUGCGCAAAAGGAAGCGUUGACGAAGACGGUUUUGGAGGUGGCGCAAGCGCUUGGUCUGACGCCAGAGGAUUUGCACGCGGCUGAGGGUGCUUCACUUGAUGAUAGGCUUACGCAGACUUAUUCCCCGCGGCAAGCCCAUGACACAUCUAGCCUAAAUGCUCUCCGCCACUGCAAUCUCGUCAUUCGAGCAGAGGCUCCUGAUAUGGAGAUCGAAAAGGACAACAGUGAAUUCUAUGCUAAGGUUUCUGAGGAGGUUUCUAUCUUAAAGAAACGUAUAUGUGAGAGUGGAGCACCAUUUUCAGAUAUUGAGGAAAAAAUGGCAACUUACGAACUUAUGAUGGUGCAUACCACCAUGCGGUACGUGGUAGGCAUUCAUCGAGACAUGCAGGUUGCCCUUGACCAUAGCGCUGAGGUUGAAAAAUGUAUGCAGAAGUCAGGUGCUGAUACAAAAAAAGGCUCUUCUUUUUUCAUUCAAAAAGUGAUGCAAGCAUUGCACAUUGCCCCAGACCAGUUCACGAAUCUGGAAGGGGAUGUAACCGGUGCUGCUCAGCCCUCAGUGGAGCAGUUUGAACGAACGAAGGUUAUCCAACGACCUGUAAUACCCUACACUUAUAUGCUAAAAUGCUGUUUGUGGUUUAAUAUUCCAUCAGAGACUGAGAUCUAA